AUGUUACCACCGGGCAGCGACGCCCCGAAAAUCCGGCCCCCUCCCCAGCUGUGUCGCGUCGCUGAGAGCCUCGCGCACGGCGCGCCCCAAAGCCCCCUCCCGGCCCCACAUCCAUCCCCGCGGGUGCCAGGGCCCGGCCCGAUCACCCGGCCGCGCGCCCCCGGCCCCCGCGCCAGCGCCCGCAGCCCCCUCCCCGCGCCCCGGGCGCUCACCUCGGAGCCGCGGCCGCGAGUGCGCGGGAGGCGUGGCGCGGGCGGCGCGGAGGGGGCCGUGCGCGCACCUGUCCCGCGGCCGCUCAGCCGGGCAUCCCGGGGGACGACGCGCUCUCCGCCCGGCCGCGGCGCUGCGGGGAGGGGGCUCAGCCCGGGCCCCCGGCGCGCUGGCGUCCGCUCCGGGGGGGUCGCUGCGCGGCGGCCGGACCGGGGGCGCGCCGUGGCCGCAUCUCCUCCGCCGCCGCGGCCGCCGCUGCGACUCGCAGCUCCGCCACCUCCGCCCCCUCCCCGGCACCCCCCACCCAGCCCGCCGGAGCCGCGCAAAACCCGGCGCGGAGCAGCGCGGAGUGGAGGGCGCACAGAGCCGCCAGGGAGGCCCAGGGAGAGGCGAACCUCGCCUGAGGUCACCAAGAGCCACCAGCGUCCUUCUCACUGUGGGAUUCUGGGAAAGGCCCGCCGUCUCCUGGGACUCAGUUUCCCGGUCUGGGCAGCGUUGCGCUCGCGUCCUGCUCCGGCUCGGAGGAUUCCACUGCGGGUUUUGCGGGCGCCCGCGGCUGCUGACACCUUCUUCCCAGGAUGCGGCCCCGGGUCCGAAGGGGCCCGGGGAGACCCUGGAGGGGCCGACGGCCUCGGGGACCCUGGAGUGGGGAAGCUGGGCUGGACCCUGGUCCCCCGGCGCCCGCGAGGAUGGGGAGCCCCACCCUGUAGCCUAAAUGCUCCCCCACCAGCUUCCCCCGGCCCGCUGUGUGACUCCCGCUGCUCCCUGGCCCUCUCUGGGCCCGGGUGGAGCCAAACUGGCUGGCAGCCGCUUGGGGAGUCACCCGGGCCGCCCCCUCCCCGCGGGCCCCAGCCUCAGUUUCCCUGGCCGGGCCGGGCACUGCUGGAGCCCAAGCUGGGGCCGGGGGGAGGGGUCUUCGCGACUCCAUCGCGCCCAGGUCCAGGCUGUGACCAGGGAAUCCCCUGGGGGCUGCGAAAGGGCAGCUCUGAUUGGCUGAGGCCAAGCGUGACGUCAGGGCCUCCCGGACGCCCCCUCCCCCAGAGGCACGUGGGGGCGAUCGCGGCGGGGGAGGGGGCCGGGGGUCCGGGCGGAUUCGGGGUGUCCCCCCGGCCCGUGCUGGCAGCUGGGCGGCGCAGGCGCGAUUCUCCUCGGACAGGUUUUCCCGGGCCCCCGGCCCCCCCCCCCGGUCCCCCCAAGGCAGCAGCUGCUCGCGCGGCAGAUGCGCCGGCUAAAUCCGCGCAGCUGGUCUCGGCCCGGCUCUCCGCCCGCAGCCCCGGUGGGGGAGUGGUGGUCCUGACCCUUCCCUGUCCCCUGUCCUUUGACCCCUGUCUGCCUCCCUGCACGGGCGCGGGUCCUCUCCUGGACACUUCCUCAACUCCAGACCCUGAUGGAGCCUCUGAAAGGAUUUGGGGCAACUUUUGCCCAGAGAGGGUGUUGCCCUCGAUGGAGACCACACAGCACUCCUGCUGCCCCCAAAAUACCCUAUAG